AUGGCUAAUGUUCCUAUAGAACUGGAUUUUCGCCCAGAGACUAGGGUAAGCGAUGACAAAUGGCAUUUCAUAACUAAGAAUUCAAGUAACCCUUUAUUGACUCUGGAGUUAAUGCCAUCAGCGACCGCUGAUGUAUUAUACCAGAUUGAUAAUAUAGAACGUUUUCGUACUCUGAGUAAUGAACUGGAAAAUGAUCUGUAUAAACUGCAGCGCUAUACUUGGCAACAACUACUGAUAAAGAUUGAGAAGCUGAAUAAAGAAAUACGUGACUCAUUUAAUUAUGAGUCCUGUCUGAGUAAAUUAGAUCACAUAUACAUCCAAGUGCUUUCUUAUAGCCAGAAGUUACAGCAAGUGAAACACCGUAAGUUACAUAGAGACUUUAAAGAUUUCUCCACGGGGAACGUGUUUAUUUGGCCUAGAAAUAACAAUCGUAAUUAUACUGUGGGUAAUGGAGAACCUAACAGUAAUCCACCUCAUAUAGACAAUUCAAAUAUCCAGGUAGAAGCAACUAUGUCUGCUAUUGGUCAAAUGGAAGCUGACGCAACAAGUGUCGCUUCAGAUGGAGUAUUCGUUACACCACCUGAGGAGUUGCAACUUUUAGAGACUGAUACAUGUGCAACAUGCUCGUGGCAAGAGUGGUCACUAGUGAACAGCAAAGCCUGCUAUAAUAAAACCGUUGACUUCCUCCAAUGGACAGAUGUUAGAAGCAUUAUACUGAUGAUAUUCACUGGUGCUUUGUUAGUGGUGAUACUCUCUGCAGUACUAAUUUUUGCCAGAAAUUACAGUACUGCCGCUGUCCAGGCCAGCGGUGGAUAUUUGUCUUUCCUUAUGCUAUUCUCUCUUGUUUGCAGCUGUUGCAGUAUCUGUCUUUUCAUUACCAGGCCAACUCAGUUUUCUUGUUUGUUAAGACAGGUUGUGUUUUCUGUCAGUUUUACAAUCUCUAUGUCUGUACCCUUAGCUAAAUCUUUCCAAUUGGCUAAUAUAUAUAUGUUUCAAAGAGCAUGUGUACAGCAUUAUCAGGGUUAUAUUCUAAUGGUUAUAAACAUUAUCAUCCAUACUGGAAUAUGUACUAUAUGGUGGUACUUAUCCCCUGACCUUGUUAACGAAGUUUAUGAGUCCCCAGAUGCCAUUAGUCUGAUGUGUGCAAGAGGUAGUAUCUUUGGAUUUGUUAUGAUGCUGUGUUAUAGUGGGAUUUUAGCAACCAUCUGUGCUGCAUGUGUUUUCCUUGUUGCAAACUCAGAAAAUACAUACAAUAUGGCCAACAGCAUCCGUUUUGUUAUAUUAAUAUACUUUCUUGCCUGGAUUUUUUUUAUCCCAAUAUACGCCACUGCAAAUGGAAUAUCUGUUCAGUAUGCAGAAGCAUACUCAGGACUCAUGGCUGCAUAUGGUAUAUUCUGGGGCUACUUUGCCCCUAAAAUAUACAUCAUCCUUUUUAAGUCAGAAUAUAACAGUUUCAUAUAUUUUCAACAUUUUUUAGACAGCAAUUCAUCUGGAAUGUAUCCCGGCAACAAUGAUUCUAUUUCUCAGGUCAACCAGGUCGAAAUUGAAAGCAAUACUGUAUCUUCUCAGAGAAAUAUAUGA